UGCUUAACAUUGAUUGGGCGUUCUAAGGUGUCAAUCACAGAUGUACACACCCUUUUAUAAUGCAGCAUGGAGAAGAGAUCGUAACAAAAUGACGGCUUCGCAGCGGAAUAUAGUCUUAACAUCAAACUAGAACAAACGAUCAGCGAUCAUUGUCGAAUGGUGACCCAUAAUGCCCAUAGUGGACAAGCUGAAAGACGCCCUGAAGCCGGGCCGCAAAGACUCCGGUGAUGAGGGCGACCUUAACAAGUUGCUGGCUUCAUCCGCAAAGAAAGUCCUGCUGCAGAAAAUCGAGUUCGAACCGGCCAGCAAAGGUUUCAGCUACCAGCUGGACACACUCAAGACCAAAUAUGUCAUCCUAAAUCCCAAGAAUGACGGAGUCGUUGUGCAAAGACCUCCCGAGUCCGCUCAGAUUAAGAGACAAAUCUCAGAGAGCCUUCUUGUCGGGCAGAGUGAUGGCAUCCCCACACCACAGAAGAUGCUCUUUCCUGUGAACAAGCUGUCAAUGAAGUGGGAGCGGGUGUAUCGGGUGGGAGCCGGCCUCCACAACCUGGGCAACACCUGCUUCCUCAACUCCACUGUGCAGUGUCUCACCUACACCCCACCGCUGGCCAACUAUCUCCUCUCCAAGGAGCACAGCCGAUCAUGUCGUCAGUCUGGAUUCUGUAUGAUUUGUGUAAUGCAGAAUCAUAUCAUCCAAGCCUUCGCCAACACUGGCAAUGCCAUAAAACCAGUAUCCUUCAUCCGGGACCUGAAAAAAAUUGCUCGCCAUUUCCGGUUUGGUAGCCAAGAGGAUGCUCACGAGUUCCUGCGCUACACGAUUGAUGCCAUGCAGAAAGCUUGUCUGAACGGCUAUCCAAAACUGGACCGACAGACACAAGCCACCACUCUGAUCCACCAGAUAUUUGGGGGUUAUUUGAGGUCGCGAGUGAAGUGUUCAGUGUGUAAAAGUGUAUCAGAUACCUAUGACCCAUACCUGGAUAUUGCUCUGGAGAUUCGGCAAGCAAUAAACAUUGUUCGUGCUCUGGAACUGUUUGUAAAGCCGGAUGUUUUGAGUGGUGAGAAUGCUUACAUGUGUGCCAAAUGUAAGAAGAAGGUUCCAGCAACUAAGCGCUUUACAGUGCACCGGACGUCAAACGUUCUGACCCUGUCACUCAAACGGUUCGCCAACUUUAGUGGAGGGAAAAUUACUAAGGAUGUUGGUUACCCAGAAGUCCUCAACAUCCGUCCGUACAUGUCUCAGAGUGUCGGUGAUGCUGUGAUGUACGGCCUCUAUGCUGUGCUGGUGCAUUCUGGGUAUAGCUGCCACGCUGGACAUUACUACUGCUACGUCAAGGCCAGUAAUGGACAGUGGUACCAGAUGAAUGACUCAAUGGUGCAUUCCAGUAACAUUAAGGUUGUCCUCAAUCAGCAGGCUUAUGUUCUCUUUUACCUGAGGAUGCCAGAUAAAAACACGGAUGCUUCAAAUACAAAGCAGAACGUGGUGCAUUCUGCGAGAAGUAAUGUGACCCCCGAGCAGUGGAAGAAGAGCUCACUCAAUGGACCUCCAUCUUCACCACAGGUUACCAAGAGACUUGAUCCAGCUCAGCUGAGAAAAAUCCAGUCUGUGGAUGGUGGGCUGGGUAUUCCUGUGGCCAGGAAUUGUUCAGGGGUCCAGUCACCCAAGAUGUCUAAUGGUACGACCCUCUCCAAUACCUCAACCAAGCCAUCUGGGGGACCCACACUGAUUGAGGAGCCCUUUAAGAAAGCAAAAAAGACCAUACCUCAGUUUCAGCCUCGCAAUGGCCCUCCUGCUCCAGCCAACGGCCUCACCAAACCCAACACGGACAAAAGAAGCAGCAAUGAGGUCCGUGGACUGCCAUCAUCUACCUCACUUAAAUCCCUAUCCGACACCUCUUCAGCUGACACCUCUUCUGAGUCGAAGGAAUGGAUUGGGACGAGGAGCGCUCCUGUUGACGUGUCCUGUGUAAAUGCUCCAGCAUCUCCAGCUAAAAGUGUUGAGCGCGUGAACUCUGAAGAGCAGAAGCUGAUGAAAUUCAAACCACAGGCCCUCACCAAUGUCACAUCAGAGACUGUCAGCACCAUGUCCCCUCCACCCGCCAAACGCCUCGCCCUAUCUGCCAAAAAGGUCAGUCCGCGACAGAGCCCGACCUGCAGCACUGAUGCUCCGCCCUCCUCAUCUCUUCAUUCGUCUGGUGACUUCAGCCCAGCUCCACCACGCAGAGUUACAACUCAUUCAGUCCACCUGCAGUCUCCAUCUUCAUCUCAUCUCUCGAAAAUUUCAAGUCCCCUUAAACCAUUAGAGCCGCCCACCUGUACACAGACCAAUGGAUUUCAGCAUCAGAGUACACACAGACCAAUCCAAAACCACAACCUUCUGCCAUCAGACGCAAGAGCCACACUUAAAAAGAAAAAAAAGAAAUUAAAGCGGCAACAUUCUGAAGUCCAACAGGAGGACGACACCCCUGAAUCUUCAACCCUUAAAGAACCAAAGGCAAAUACUGAAAACCGAAAGAAAAAGAAGAGGAGGAAAAGAGAGGAACAAGUUAACGGUCUUGAGGGACAAAGACAGAGUGCGGAUCAGGAUGAGGAUUGGUGUCUCGGAGGAGAAACCUGGAGCAUCGCUCCUGAGGGCGACCUGCCCAAAUCACCAUCAUUAUCUGUGAGUGAUCAGCGUGUGACCAACGCUGUCCUCAAGAAGAGCAAGAAGACGACGCACAAGGUCAUGGAGUCCAGCAAUGGAGCAGCAAUUUCCAAAAGUGUGAUGAUAGAUGAGGUGAACACAGAUGCUGAAGAUCCGAAAAAGGUGAAGAAGAAAAGGAAAAAAGAUAAAAAUCUGAGAGCAGAAAAAAGCAAACAGAUUGAGAUCAGUGAGGAAAAGUCUCAUCAGAACAGCAAACCAGAAUCACAGAUAAGCACAGCUUCUGUGAUCGUUUGGGACAGUCAGGUUCAGGACGGCUACAAUCGUAAGCAGAUCUGUCAGGAGGCUGAGGGCGUGUCCAGGAAAGGCAUAAGCUCUGUCCCUAUGGGCUGGGAUGGCAGGAAGAGUUGUGAUGUUGUUGAGGAGCUCCUCAGGAGUUCAUCAGAUAAAGCUUAUGGAAGAGAGGUGCUCAGUUGGGAAGGUGAGCCGUCGGCCAUCAGCAGAGAUGCUGUAGAGGACACACGCUAUGCCAAAAGCACUACUGUCAUUGAUGAAUGGGAUGAGGAGUUUGACAGUGGAAAAGUAAAGAAAAUGAAAAAAUAUAAAAAGGAGAAGAGAAGAAACAAAAAUGUCUUCCAGCAGAUCCAAGAGCAUCGUAACAAGUGGUCUGUUACAGGAAGAGGCAGACUUGGAUAUCGACACUGAAAGGUGUAAAACAUGGAUCCUGUUCAGAUUGGUUGGUGUUUUGGAUGAAAAAAGCUGCAGUACUGUGAUCUAUGACUGAGGUCGUCUCCUGAGACUUUAUAGUCACUGUUUAAAAUAUACACCACUAAUACUGGCAUUAUGAUGAUGUUCAUCUUAGAUACUGAAGAAUAAUGCAGUGUCUGUCAGCUCAUUUAGUCAAGAUGAUAAAGACUCGAGAAGGAAAAGUGGCAGCUCAUUGGGAUGUUAUAAUUCUUGCCGACCCUGGUUUAUCUGACCUGACUCUUAAGAAAAAAACUUCUUAAAACAAAGAGGACUUAAAUGCAUCCCCAUGUGUCCAUACUUCUGCUCACUAUUACUUUGUGAUAUUUGAGCGAAAUAAGUCCAGCUAGUGUUAUAGAGAGAUGUGACUGAAUGAAUUGUGUGAUGUUGUUUUUAUUUGCCACAGACUCAUGGUCCUGGUGUUUUACUGGACAUUGCAAUCAAGUAUUGCCUUUGAUUUUUUUUUUUUUUUUAUUGAUUUCUACACAUGGUCGUCUUUGGUCUUUCGUGGUUUUUAUGACAGUAUAAGAAAUCUUUUUAUUAAAGUGUCUCCACUUUCGGUCAGAUUGUGGCUUCUUUUAUGCACAGUGCUGCAUAUAACAAUGCAAUAUACAUCAUCCAUGCAAGAAAAAAAUCCUUGGGCCUUAACACAAAGCACUGUGUUUUUGCCAGGAGGGCUAAAUUUCCUAAUAAUUGGAGUUUUCCAUUAUCAGUGGAAAGCCGAUUUGUUGUCAUCCUGCAUCUCUUUUCUACUCUAUGCAACUUCAUCGAUUCCAUGGACAGCAAUUCUUUAAAGGGUUUAAUCCAGGUAUAAACUAUAGCUGGUCCAAACAUCAUCUCUGUCUCUUCAUGCUGUCAGCACCUCAUUUGCCGUUGACCAAGCAUCCGUGUCCGUUAACUGUACCGUUGUGAAAUGAUUUCAAUGUUUCUACACAAAUUAAACCAUAGGAGCUAAACAACAUUAAGAAGAUUGUACAGUGUACUUUUUCCUCUCUGUGAUCCCCAUCAUUCAUCUUGUUAAUUGCCAUCAUCCUUUCCUUGAAUCUUUCUGUUUAAGAAAAGAUGCCUUGGAUUUGAAUUUUUUUUUUUUUUGUUAAAUUGGAUUAGAAUAUAUUACAAAUUAUACUUGCAAAGAUGUGUUAUUAAUGCACAUUAAUAAAUGGAAGCCUAAUGUAUAAAAUGUUUGUUGAAUUAUAUGCGGGAAAUGUUUUUAUUGUUGGGAAGACUUGAAGCUCAUGGAUGAGAAUGUUGUCAGACUUUACGAUCUGUUCUGUUUAAUCUCUCACUGACAUCUAAAGAACACAGUCAUGGUGUCAUGGUUCUGUAUCUAAUGUCUUUUCUGAUCAAGAGAAGUCGUUCAGUAUUUCAAAUACAUAAAUAUAGAUAUACUGGUGCAAUAAAGUUGUGACUUUUGUGAAAAAUC